UUUGGCGCGUGCCGAAAGACGGCCAGUCGCGAAUCGAAACGCGAAUCGGUGUUCCCGCUGGAGUGCGAUCAAGUGCUCCGUUCGACGUUCGUGCGAUAAACAAGCGCGUCAAGAGUCAGGUCGCCGAGGUGAGUUAGGCGAGGCUGAGACGGAUUCUCCGUUCCGAUUCGGAUUGAUCGAAAAUCGAGGGAAAAUCCAAUGACUUCCACGAAAUGGAUGAUUAUGUUUGGGGUCCUGGUCCUUAGUGUAUGUCCGGUGAUUCCGUACUGUAAGUCAUCUUGCUGCCCGAAAGCGACACGAAUCGUGUACAUAAUGGAAGGUCCCGAAGCGUACGACUGUAAUGGUACCAUGACAACCGACAAAAAUCCGUGCUGUUCAGUAAGGAAAUGCUCGAACCAGAAAAAAUGUUGUGGGUGUAAAGGAGGAUGUCUAAAUACAGAAUCAGAGGAUUAAAAGCGAUUAACGUGUAUGAAUCCUGAGAAAAUCCUGCGAUAUACCUCAAAUAAGACGAAAAAACGAAGCUCCUACUCUGCUCGGAAAACUACAAUGACGUGGAGAAAACUCAUGUACAUAUUUGUUACAAUGGCUCUGCAGAACCUGAAACCCACGAAGCAUGCAGUAAUGGCGGAUUUUAACGAGGAUAAUUCAGGACGUGCAGUGCUGGCGAACCCUAACGAGGAUUAUUCGAAAGUCAUAUGUUGCGCCCACGCAAAGCCAUUCACACGUCUGCUGGGGGCGCCCAAUCAGUUUGAAUGUGACGGCACGGUCACUGAGGAAAGGAACCCUUGCUGUUCGAAAAAAAGGUGUGAGGAGGAAAAAUAUUGCUGUUAUUGCGAAGGUGGCUGCCUCAGCCCGAGUCAGAACACUAACUAUUGAAUCCAUGCCGCUCAUACAAUAUAUCAUCUUUUCUUUUUUUUCUGAGGAAAAAACACUCCAACGUACUGUAUUAGAUUCUAAGUGAUGUAUUAUUUAUUUAAACGGAUACUUCAUUUUAUUUUUUAGGUUUUUUAUAAUAUACAAUACUUGUUUAAUCUAUUA